AUGGAAGGAUUCUCUAAGUACCAGUCGAUCACAGAUGACUCUUCUAAGCCGCGUAAUAACUUCUCACAAAGAGCAUUGCGAUUCAGAGUGUCUGAGAACAAGAUUAAGGGAACAAUGAGUUGUAUCAGGUUCCCGUCCUCUCUAAUCGGGUCUGCCUUAGACCUCAAGCACAGAACCAUGGACAACAUUGAUAAAGAGAUGGGAAAGGUCCACAAGGGUGAUCUAGAUAAUAUUGAGAAAAUUCUCGAAACUCCUGAAGAAGAUGAAAAGACCGAAAACAAUGGAGAGAAGGGUACCUCCAAAGUCAAGAAGUUCUUACUUGCUGAUGAUGAUGAGGAAUCAUACGGAUCCUGCAGUGAUGGCUAUGAUGAAGAAAUGGACGAGAAGAAAGAUGCAAUGGAGCUUGUCGAUGAUGAUCUUAAGAAUCUCCUCCUCUCUUUCGACUCUCUUGAGAGACCAACAUUGGAGAAAAUCCAGGAAUUGAAAGUAGAAUUCGGCACAAUGGAAAGACAAAAGACCUUAAUUUUGGAUAUGGACGAGACAUUGAUCCAUGCAAAGCCAAAGAUUAAAGAAAAUGAAGACUUCGAACCCGAUUUUGAAAUCGUACUUAAGGAUGAUGAAUAUGGCUCCGAACUUGCCUUCAUGGUAAAGAUGAGACCUGGACUUGUCGAGUGCCUGGAAAAAUUAAGCGAGCUUUAUGAGGUUGCUGUCUUCACUGCUGCUGAGAGAACCUAUGCCACUAAGAUUAUCAAACAUUUUGAUCCAGAUGGACAAUACAUCAAGCAUAUUCUUAGCAGAGAGAGUUGUGUCCAUGUUGACAACUUCUACGUGAAAGACCUUAGAAUCAUUUCAGACAGGAAGCUGGAAGAAAUGGUGAUUGUUGAUAAUUCGAUCGUAGCUUUUGCUUUCAACCUAGACAAUGGAGUCCCAAUCAAUGAUUUCAGAGGAGAUGUCCCAUUGGAUGAAGAGUUGAUCUACAUGACAUCAUAUUUAAUGGACAUUUAUCACUCAGACGAUUUGAGAGAGGCCAAUAUCUCUAACUUCAGAUUAUCCGAGAUCCAACAAAAUGCUCGCAAGCAAUAA